AUGGCGUCCAGCGGAGGAGAUGGGGAGCACGAAUGGACAGCGGCUGUACGGCCUCUGCUAUCAGCCUCCUACACCGCUUUCGAGACGAAAGAGCUCCCGCAGCUCAUCGGAUCCAUCAUUAACAGUGAAUCCGACAUCCUUCACCACGACAAACAGUAUGAGCCUUUCUACUCAUCAUUUGUGGCUCUUUCUGCACAUUACAUCACAACAGUAUGCGGACAAAUACCGAGAAAUCAGUUGUUGUCUGUUGCCGCAGCAUGCAAAAUAUUGAUUGAAUUCUCACUGCUGCGGCUGGAGAACCCAGAUGAAGCAUGCGCAGUGUCCCAGAAACACCUCAUUCUUCUUAUAAAAGGACUUUGCACAGGCUGCAGCAGACUAGAUCGUACAGAGAUCAUUACUUUCACUGCUAUGAUGAAGUCUGCCAAGUUGCCUCAAACCAUCAAAACGCUUUCAGACGUGGAAGAUCAGAAGGACUUGCCCAGUACUGUGAAUCCAGAGCUUCGACAAAAAGAAGUACAAAUGAACUUCUUCAAUCAACUGACUUCAGUUUUUAAUCCUGACCUCACCACCAUCUUGGCCUCUCCAUCAGCAGCCCACAUGCAGGCUGAGAGUGAUAGUGAUGACCAAGCCACAGAUCAAGCUAUUCAGGCCAAAAUGAAAAAUGCCUUCGUCUCUCAGAAUGUGUCAAGCUUACAAGAACUUGGCGGAUCAGAGAAGUUGCUACGAGUUUGCCUCAACCUGCCCUACUUCUUACGUUACAUCAACCGUUUUCAGGAUGCUGUGUCUGCCAACUCUUUCUUCAUCAUGCCUGCCACAGUGGCUGAUGCCACUGCUGUCCGCAAUGGAUUUCACUCAUUGGUGAUAGACGUCACCAUGGCUCUGGACACACUUUCUUUACCUGUUCUGGAACCUUUGACACCAGGGAGACUACUGGACAUGACUGUUCUUGCUUUGAGCUGUCUCUAUGCUGGUGUGAGCGUGGCCACUUGCAUGGCCAUUUUACAGGUAGGCAGUGGCUUGCAGCUGCGCUCUGCUUCCACUGGGACCAAAGAAGAGGACUAUGAAAAUGAUGCUGCCACAAUUGUUCAGAAAUGUCUGGAGAUCUAUGAAAUGAUUGGACAAGCAAUCAGCAACUCUCGGAGAGCUGGUGGAGAGCAUUAUCAGAACUUCCAGCUGCUCGGAGCCUGGUGCCUCUUAAACAGCCUGUACCUAAUACUGAACCUGAGCCCGACUGCACUGGCAGAUAAAGGCAAAGAGAAGGAUCCACUUGCUGCCUUGCGUGUUCGGGAUAUUGCUUCCCGCACCAAGGAUGGUGCAGGAUCGCCCAAACUCGGUCCUGGCAAAGGGCACCAAGGAUUUGGAGUCUUGUCCGUCAUUCUGGCCAAUCAUGCCAUCAAACUAUUGACUUCACUUUUCCAGGACCUGCAGGUGGAGGCUCUGCAUCGGGGUUGGGCAAGUGAUGGACCACCAGCUGAGCUCAACAUCAUGGCACAGAGCACUUCCAUUCAAAGGGUGCAAAGACUAAUCGACUCAGUGCCCCUGACCAAUCUGCUAUUCACUCUUCUUUCCACUUCCUACAAAAAGGCUUGUGUUCUUCAGCGCCAAAGGAAGGGAUCAGUGAGCAGUGACGCCAGUGCUUCAACUGAUUCAAACACCUACUAUGAGGAUGAUUUCAGUAGUACAGAGGAGGACAGCAGCCAAGCAGAGAGAAGACAGGAGAAGACAAAUGCAGCUUGUGUCUCAGAUGAUGACAGUGAACCCAUCUUAGGGCUGUGGUUUGAAGAAACAAUUUCGCCCACCAAAGAUAAAGUCGCUCCACCACCGCCUCCACCACCCCCACCCCUAGAGACCUCUCCGAGACUCAAGAGUCCCAGCAAACAGAAUCCAAGUGAGAAUGGAAACAUUCUAGCGGGGCGUAAGGAUCCAGAACUGUUCCUCAGCUUGGCUUCUUGCAUACUGAACUUCAUCACCACUUCAAUGCUGAAGUCCCGGAACAACUUCAUUCGCAACUAUCUGAGUGUAUCUCUGACGGAGCAACACAUGGCUACAUUAGCCAGCAUUAUUAAAGAUGUGGACAAAGAUGUCAAAGGAUCCUCAGAUGAAGUGUUUUCCUUGGCUCUGUACCACUUCAACCACACCCUGGUAACCUCAGAUCUUCCAUCCCCAGCCUUGCAGAACACUCUUCUACAGCAGUUAGGGGUUGCUCCCUUUUCAGAGGGUCCAUGGCCUUUGUACAUUCACCCUCAAUCGCUAUCGGUCCUCUCCAGACUUCUUCUUAUUUGGCAGCACAAAGCUAGUCUCCAGGGGGAGCCAGAUGUACCUGAGUGUAUGAAAGUGUGGGAAAGAUUUAUAGGAACCUUGAAACAACACACAAUCCAGGGUUCUAUUCAGGGAGAAGAUGACCUUAAUGUCGAACACCUUCAGCUUUUAUUGCUCCUUUUCCACAAUCUGUCAGAACGUGGAGGCCGAUCAGUCCUCACCAUGGUCACUCAGGCCAUUACUGAAGUGGCACAAAGCAGAGACUCCCAGCUGAAAUCCGUACCCCUCAACCUGGCUCGCUUGUUGCUGAUCUUUGACUACUUGCUGCGGCACUACUCCAAAGCCCCCGUGUACCUCUUUGAACAGGUGCAGUACAAUCUUCUCACCCCACCAACCACUGGGCCAAGUUCGGUUCAGGAAGGAAGCAAAGGCAGCGGCCUCCCGCUUUACUAUGGAUUUAAAGAGGUGGAGGAAAACUGGAGUAAACAUUGCUCGCCAGAUUCAAAUGUGCAGCCCAAAUUCUACUGUGUGCUGUCACCUGAAGCAUCCGAAGAUGAUAUCAGUAGACUAGACAGCAAGGUUUUUCCAAAGCUGUUCAGCGGAGCAGUUAAAUAUGAUGAUCUGUAUGCAUGGCUGAUCUCACUCCUGGCAGCAGGCUCUCAGUUUGACACAGCAAGAAGACAAGAAAACAAGCCUAUUACGUCUUUGGAGGCCUGCUCGCUCCAGUACUAUUUUCUGGUGCUAUGGAGAAUCUUGGGUGUUUUACCACCCUCAAAAGCUUUCAUGGAGCAGCUAAAGAAUGGUUGCAGCAACCCCAGUGAAAGUGACAUUCUGCACACACUGCGAUGGUCUUCUCGUCUACGAGUGCCUACCUACGUGAACUGGAUUAAGGAGCACUUGGUGAAGCAGGGGAUGAAAACGGACCAAGCAGCCUCCCUUGUUGAGAUGACAACUGCAAAGUGCAGCACUGUUAAAUAUGAUGUGGAGGUUGCAGAAGAGUACAUUGCCAGACAGAUUUCUACUUUCUCAAGUGUAGACCCAAAUGUUGUCCUUCAACUUCAUCAGUUGCCCUCUCUACAAUCCAUUUACACCCUGGAUGCAGUACUUUCUAAAGUACAGGUUUCCUUAGAUGAACAUUUAUCAAAGGUUGCAAUUGAGGCAGACUCUCACAAAUCCUCUGAUAUCACAAAAAACCUGCUCCCAGCAACGCUACAGCUCGUUGACAGUUACACUGCCUUCACAAGAUCCUACCUUCUCAUGAACAUCCCAGAGGAGGGAGAAAACAAGCUGACUGAGGCUAAACUCCAAGGCUAUGCUGCAGUACUCUCCAUUGGCUCCACCAGGUGCAAGGCCAACACAUUGGGUCACAGUAUUAUGCAGAAUUUGCCAUCAGCUGUACAGACAACAUGUGAGACUUGGAACAGCAUCAACACCAAUGAGUUUCCCAACAUAGGUUCAUGGCGAAAUGCUUUUGCCAAUGAUACCAUCCCAUCGGAGAGCUACAUCAGUGCCAUCCAAGCCGCUCAUCUGGGUACACUGAGUUGUCAGUCCUUGCCUCUGGCUUCUUCUCUUAAGCACAUCCUUCUGUCUUUGGUUCGCCUCACCGGCGACCUCAUUGUCACAGAGGAGUUGAACCCCUCGCAGGUUGUGAGCACUCUGCUGCCCCUCCUCCUUGAGAGCAGUACAGAGAGUGUAGGAGAGAUCAGUAGCACCUCGCUGGAGCGCAUCCUUGGCCCUGCAGAGUCGGAUGCCUUCUUAGCCCGAAUCUAUGAGCGAUUGGUGACCGGAUGUUACAACAUAAUUGCCAGUCACUCAGACCCUAACAGUGGUUUGGAUGAGUCUGUCCUUGAAGAAUGUCUCCAGUAUCUUGAAAAACAGCUGGAGAACAGUCAGGUCCGAAAGGCAAUGGAGGAAUUCUUUUCAUUCAGUGGAGAACUUGUCCAGAUAAUGAUGGCAACAGCUAAUGAAAACCUGUCUGCAAAGUUCUGUAACAGAGUGCUGAAAUUCUUCACCAAGCUUUUCCAGCUUACUGAGAAGAGUCCAAACCCAAGCCUAUUGUGUCUGUGUGGCUCUCUGGCCCAGCUAGCCUGUGUGGAGCCAUCGCGUCUGCAGUCCUGGCUGACACGUAUGACUGCCACCCCACCAAAAGACUCGGAGCAACUGGAAAUAGUGCAAGAAAACCGACAGCUUCUCCAGGUGCUCACUACUCAUAUUGUGCGCGACAAUAGCCAAGUGGGGGAAGGAGUGUGCACUGUCCUCCUCAGCACGCUUAUUCCCAUGGCAACAGACAUGCUGGCCAAUGGUGAUGGAACAGGCUUUCCUGAGCUUAUGGUCAUAAUGGCUACACUUGCGAGUGCUGGACAGGGGGCAGGCCACCUACAACUUCACAGGGCAUCUAUUGACUGGCUGACCAGAUGUAAAAAGUAUUUGACACAGAAGAAUGUUGUGGAGAAAGUCAGCACAAAUUUGUCCCAUGGAAAGCACGCCAGCAUGCUGGAAUGCUCUUGCCACAUCAUCUCCUAUCUGGCUGAUGUCAUGAAUGCUUUGCGACAAAGCAGUGGCCAGGGUACCUCAUCACUGCUCGUGGAGGGAGAUGAGAAGGCAAUGGAAGUUGACUCAGACUGGGUGGAGGAACUUGCAGUAGAGGACGACGAUUCCCAGGCAGAGGACUCUGAUGAAGACUCCCUGUGCAACAAACUCUGCACCUUUACCAUAACUCAGAAGGAGUUUAUGAACCAGCACUGGUACCAUUGUCACACCUGUAAGAUGGUGGAUGGGGUAGGUGUGUGCACAGUGUGCGCCAAGGUCUGUCACAAAGACCAUGAGAUCUCCUAUGCCAAAUAUGGCUCUUUCUUCUGUGACUGCGGUGCCAAAGAGGAUGGCAGCUGCCAGGUGAGACCGAAUACCUCAGGUCAUCAUGGGAAGAGAACAACAGCGGCCUUGGUCAAACGCAGUCCCAGCAGUGGCAUGAGCUCUACUCUCAAAGAAUCUUCAGCAUUCCAGAAUGAACUGCGAAUGCCUGAGAGCGCUAUCCGCCAUCAGAAUUCCUCACCAUCCGAGAAAAGCAAAGUCACCAUCUGUGAUGGCAAAUCUGUUGAUGAAGACAAACCUAAGAAGAGCAGUGUGUGCAAGACCAUUGAAGGCUGCCAGGAGGAGUUGCAAACACAAGUGAUGGGAUCAUCCACUGCUGCAGUCAUACUCGAUAUGCUCAUGUUUCUCAUGGAAGCCAUCCAGGCCAACUUUCAGCAGGCAUCAGUGGUGGGAAGCAGUAGCAGGGCUCAGCAAGCCCUCAAUGAACUGCAUACUCAGGACAAAAAUGUGGAGAUGACUGACCAGUUAAUGGUACCCACACUUGGGUCUCAGGAAGGGGCUUUUGAGAAUGUGCGGAUGAACUAUAGUGGUGACCAGGGGCAAACUAUACGUCAGCUCAUCAGUGCGCAUGUACUGCGCCGUGUUGCCAUGUGUGUCCUGUCCUCACCUCAUGGCCGCCGUCAGCACCUUGCAGUUAGCCAUGAGAAAGGAAAAAUAACAGUUCUGCAGUUGUCCACUCUCCUGAAGCAAGCUGAUUCCAGUAAAAGAAAGCUUACACUGACACGCCUGGCCUCUGCUCCAGUCCCGUUUACUGUCCUCAGUCUCACAGGCAACCCUUGCAAUGAAGACUACCUGGCAGUGUGUGGCCUUAAGGACUGCCACGUGCUAACUUUCAGCAGUACAGGCUCCGUGUCAGACCAUCUGGUGUUACACCCCCAACUCGCUACAGGCAACUUCAUCAUCAAAGCAAUCUGGUUACCGGGCUCUCAGACUGAGCUUGCCAUCAUCACUGCUGACUUUGUCAAGAUCUAUGACUUGUCAGUGGAUGCCCUGAGUCCCAUGUACUACUUCCUCCUCCCUAGUUCCAAGAUCCGCGACGCUACAUUCCUUUUCAACGAGGAGGGGAAAAACAUCAUUGUAAUCAUGUCCUCAGCAGGUUACAUGUACACUCAGGUCAUGGAAGAAUCUAGCAGCGCUCAACAUGGCCCUUUCUAUGUUACCAAUGUAUUGGAGAUAACACAUGAGGACUUGAAGGACUCCAAUGGGCAGGUGGCUGGCGGUGGUGUGUCCGUUUAUUACUCCCAUGUCCUUCAGAUGCUUUUCUUCAGCUACAGCCAAGGAAAGUCUUUUGCUGCCACAGUGAGCCGUAGCACUACUGAAGUGCAGAGGCUCUUCCCCAUCAACAUCAAAGGGUCAAAUGGUGGCAGCAGUAAGAUGUCACCUGCUCUGUGCCAGUGGUCAGAGGUUAUGAACCAUCCCGGUCUUGUUUGCUGUGUGCAACAGACGACAGGCAUACCACUUGUAAUCAUGGUCAAGCCUGACACUUUCCUCAUCCAGGAGAUUAAAACUCUACCGGCUAAAGCGAAGAUUCAAGAUAUGGUUGCUAUCCGACACACUGCUAGUAAUGAGCAACAGCGCACAACAAUGAUUCUCCUUUGCGAGGAUGGAAGCCUAAGAAUCUACAUGGCAAAUGUUGACAACACCUCAUACUGGCUCCAACCCUCGCUGCAGCCCAGCUGUGGAAUCAGUAUCAUGAAACCAGUACGCAAGCGCAAAGCUGCAGCUGCAACAACUCGGACCUCCAGUCAGGUGACGUUCCCCGUGGACUUCUUUGAACACAACCAACAACUGACAGAGGUGGAGUUUGGCGGUAAUGACUUAUUGCAGGUCUACAAUGGACAGCAGAUAAAACACAGGCUCAACUCCACAGGGAUGUAUGUGGCCAACACUAAGCCUGGGGGAUUCACUGUGGACGCAGUAAACAACAACAGUUCAAUGGUGAUGACAGGCAUGCGUGUUCAGGUGGGCACUCAGGCCAUCGAGAGAGCUCCUUCGUAUGUGGAGGUCUUUGGCCGCACCAUGCAGAUCAACAUGACAAGAGCCCGUUGGUUUGACUUCCCCUUCACCAGAGAGGAGGCUCUCCAGGCUGACAAGAAACUAUCCAUAUUCAUUGGAGCAUCAGUUGAUCCAGCUGGAGUCACCAUGCUUGAUUCAAUCAAGGUAUAUGGUAAAACCAAGGAGCAGUUUGGCUGGCCUGAGGAUCCACCAGAAGACUUCUCUUCAGCAUCAGUUAAUAAUGUCUGCAGUCCCAGCCUCAACCAGGGCAACGGUACCUCUGACGGAGACAUCGCCACUCCUGCCACAACAAGUGGCACCGUGCUGGAGAGUUGUGAAACUGAGUCCUUAUCAACCUUGGACCGGUUGGUAGUCAGCUCCCUUGAAGCGUUGGAAAGUUGCUUUGCAUUAGGUUCAUCCACUGAAAAGGAGAAAAACAAGGCUUCUGCACUGGAGUUGGCCACCUUACUCCUGUCCAUGCCGACUCCUGCAGGUGUGCAGCAGCAGACCAAGGGGCUUCUAGCAAGCCUUCACACCAGCCGCACUGCCUACCACAACCACAAGGACCAGUCCUUGCUAAGUAAUGCAGUGCAGUGUCUAAAUAGUUGUAGCCGUGAGGGGAAGGAGCUGGACCCUGAUGUUUUCCAGAGGCUCGUGAUCACUGCCCGCUCCAUUGCCAUCAUGAGACCCAACAACUUGGUGCAUUUCACUGAAAAUAAGUUAUUGCACUAUGAGUCUGAUGUGACUGAGGAUGUGCUAAAACAUAUGGACAGUGAAAGUUGUAACUUUAUAUCACAACUUAUGAAUAACUUCUGGAAGCUUCACGCCCAGAAACCAAAGAAUGCAUUUCUUGCUCCUGCUUGCCUGCCUGGCCUGACUCAUGUGGAAGCAACAGUUAAUGCACUUGUGGACAUUAUCCAUGCAUACUGCACAUGUGAGCUGGAUUACGUCAAUGUGGCAUCCAAGAUCUACAUGCAAAUGUUGCUGUGCCCUGACACUGCUGUGAGCUUUGCUUGCAAGCAGGCUCUUAUCAGAGUGCUGCGACCAAGAAACAAACGUCGUCACGUGACACUUCCAUCUCCCCCACGCUCCAACACACCUAUAGGAGACAAGGAUGAUGAUGAUGAUGACGACGCGGAUGACAAAAUCCAAUCAUCGGUGAUGACUCGGGGAGAGGAAGGCCGACGAGAGAGCCAAGAACAGAGUGAAGUGGACCAUGGCGACUUCGAGAUGGUGUCUGAAUCAAUGGUCCUGGAAACGGCAGAGAAUGUUAAUAAUGGAAACCCCUCUCCUCUGGAGGCUCUGCUUGCCGGGGCUGAAGGUUUCCCCCCAAUGCUCGACAUUCCUCCUGAUGCUGAUGAUGAAACUAUGGUAGAAUUGGCUAUUGCUCUCAGCCUUCAGCAGGAUCAACAAGGCAGCAGCAGCAGUGCUCUUGGCCUUCAGAGCCUUGGCCUGUCUGGUCAGGCCCCAAGUUCUUCUUCACUUGAUGCAGGGACUCUGUCAGACACCACAGCAUCAGCCCCGGCAUCAGAUGAUGAGGGCAGCACGGCUGCUACUGAUGGCUCUACGUUGCGGACCUCGCCAGCUGAACAUGGAGGCAGCGUGGGCUCAGAGAGUGGGGGUUCAGCUAUCGACUCUGUUGCAGGGGAACACAGUGUGUCAGGACGCAGCAGUGCAUACGGAGACACUACAGUGGAAGGCCACCCUGCUGGUCCAGGAAGUGUAAGUUCCAGUACUGGAGCCAUCAGUACCACAACAGCCCAGCAGGAGGGCGAUGGCUCAGAGGGAGAGACUGAAGGAGACAUCCACACAAGCAACAGGUUGCACAUGGUUCGUCUUAUGCUUCUGGAGCGCUUACUGCAGCACCUUUCACAGCUCCACAAUGUGGGUGGAGUUCAAGCCAUCCCAUACAUGCAAGUCAUUCUUAUGUUGACAUCUGACCUUGAUGGUGAAGAUGAAAAGGAUAAAGGUGCCUUGGAUGACCUGCUUGCACAGCUCAUUGCUGAGCUUGGCAUACACAAGAAGGAUGUGUCUAAAAAGAAUGAACGAAGCUCCAUCAAUGAAGUUCACCUGGUCAUCAUGAGAUUGCUAAGUGUCUUCAUGUCUCGUACCAAGUCUGGCUCAAAGUCUUCUUCUGAGUCAUCAUCAUUGAUUUCCAAUGCGACAGCGACGGCCUUGCUCAACCUGGGUGCCAUUGACUACUGCCUUCAUGUCCUGAAGUCGCUCCUGGAGUUCUGGAAGAGCCAGCAGGGCGAAGAAGAGCCUGUGGCCGCCAGCCAGCUCCUCCGCACACACACAGCCUCCUCUCCCCCUGACAUGAGCCCUUUUUUCCUGCGCCAGUAUGUCAAGGGACAUGCUGCUGAUGUGUUUGAAGCCUACUCCCAGCUGUUGACUGAAAUGGUGCUCCGGUUGCCAUAUCAGAUAAAAAAGAUUGCCGACACAAACCCUCGCAUCUCACCUCCUGUCUUUGACCAUUCCUGGUUCUAUUAUCUAUCUGAAUAUCUGAUGAUUCAACAGACACCUUUCGUCAGGAGACAAGUCAGAAAGCUGUUGCUGUUUAUUUGCGGCUCAAAGGAAAAGUAUCGCCAGUUGCGAGAUUUGCACACACUUGACUCGCAUGUAAGGAGCAUCAAAAAGCUGCUGGAGGAACAAGGCAUCUUUCUCCGUGCUGGUGUUGUCACUGCCACAUCUGGUUCAGCACUACAGUACGACACACUCAUCAAUUUGAUGGAACAUCUGAAAGCAUGUGCUGAAAUCGCCACUCAAAGGACGGUCAACUGGCAGAAAUUCUGCAUGAAGGAUGAUUCCGUGUUGUACUUCCUGCUCCAGGUUAGCUUUCUUGUGGAUGAAGGUGUUUCUCCAGUUCUGCUUCAACUCCUCUCGUGUGCCCUGUGUGGCAGCAAGGUGCUCGCCACCUCCUCCUCUACAUCCUCAUCAGUCUCAGGAGGAGGCUCUGGCAGUGCGGGACAGGCAGCACCUUCUCAGUCCUCUCAGAGCAAAUCCUCCAGCAAGAAAAGCAAAAAAGAAGAAAAAGAGAAAGAUAAAGAGGGGGAUGGCGUCAGCAGCCAGGAAGAUCAGCUGUGCAUGGCUCUGGUCAGUCAGCUUAACAAAUUUGCAGAUAAGGAGACACUGAUCCAGUUCUUGCGCUGUUUCCUCCUGGAGUCCAACUCAUCUGCUGUGCGCUGGCAGGCUCACUGCUUGGCGUUGCACAUCUACAGGAACUCUAGCAAAUCUCAGCAGGAGCUGCUCCUUGAACUGAUUUGGGCUAUAUGGCCAGAGCUUCCUGCAUAUGGACGCAAAGCUGCCCAAUUUGUUGACCUACUUGGAUAUUUCUCACUCAAAACCCCUCAAACUGAGAAAAAGCUGAAAGAAUAUUCCCAGAAAGCUGUGGAAAUCUUGAGGGCACAGAACCACAUCCUGACAAAUCACCCCAACUCCAACAUCUACAACACACUUUCUGGUUUAGUGGAAUUUGACGGCUUUUAUCUGGAGAGUGACCCUUGCUUGGUGUGCAACAAUCCAGAAGUUCCAUUCUCAAACAUCAAACUGUCAUCCAUUAAAGUCGACACCCGCUACACCACCACGCAGCAGGUUGUCAAGCUCAUUGGCAGCCACACCAUCAGUAAGGUCACAGUGAAGAUCGGUGACCUCAAACGCACCAAAAUGGUCCGCACCAUCAAUCUCUACUACAACAACAGGACUGUGCAAGCUAUUGUGGAACUAAAGAACAAGCCUGCUCGUUGGCACAAAGCCAAGAAAGUUCAGCUUACCCCUGGCCAAACGGAGGUGAAGAUUGACCUUCCUCUACCUAUUGUCGCCUCCAACCUGAUGAUUGAGUUUUCAGAUUUUUAUGAGAACUAUCAGGCCUCCACUGAGACCCUGCAGUGUCCACGCUGCAGCGCUUCUGUGCCUGCCAACCCCGGGGUGUGUGGCAACUGUGGUGAGAACGUCUAUCAGUGCCACAAGUGCAGGUCUAUCAACUAUGAUGAAAAAGACCCGUUCCUUUGCAAUGCCUGCGGCUUCUGCAAAUAUGCCAGAUUUGACUUCAUGCUGUAUGCUAAACCAUGCUGUGCAGUGGAUCCCAUUGAGAAUGAAGAAGACAGGAAAAAAGCUGUGACCAAUAUCAACACCUUGCUGGAUAAAGCAGACCGGGUCUACCACCAGCUGAUGGGCCACAGGCCACAGCUGGAGAGCCUCUUGUCUAAAGUCAAUGAGGCAGCACCAGAGAAACCUCAGGAUGACACAGGAGCAGGUGCAGGACUUGGUGCGUCCUCUGCUAAUGUAAACAGAUACAUUCAGCAACUGGCUCAAGAGUACAGUGGAGACUGCAAGACAUCAUUUGAUGAGCUUUCAAAGAUCAUACAGAAAGUGCUCGCAUCCCGAAAAGAGCUGUUGGAGUAUGAUCUCCAGCAGAGAGAGGCUGCCACCAAGUCAUCUCGCAGCAGUAGCAGCCACCAGCCCACUUUCACCGCCAGCCAGUACCGUGCUCUGUCUGUGCUGGGCUGUGGCCACACAUCCUCAACCAAAUGCUACGGCUGUGCCUCAGCUGUCACAGGUCACUGCAUCACGCUACUCCGUGCACUGGCCACUAAUCCAGCCCUUCGGCAGAUACUCGUCCUUCAGGGUCUCAUCCGUGAGCUCUUUGAGUAUAACUUACGACGAGGCACAGCAGCCAUGAGGGAUGAAGUUCGUCAGCUGGUCUGUCUCCUCACAAGAGAUCAUCCAGAAGCCACUCAGCAAAUGAAUGAUCUUAUCAUUGCCAAGGUGUCAUCUGCCCUCAAAGGUCACUGGGCCAAUCCUGACUUGGUUAGUAAUUUGCAGUAUGAAAUGCUGCUGCUGACCGACUCCAUUUCCAAAGAGGGUGGAUGCUGGGAGUUACGGCUGCGUUGUGCUCUAAGUCUGUUCCUCAUGUCAGUGAAUAUCAAGACACCUGUAGUGGUGGAAAACAUCACUCUCAUGUGCCUGAGAAUCCUGCAAAAGCUGAUAAAGCCCCCUACACCAACAAGCAAGAAGAACAAGGAUGCUGCUAUUGAGUCCCUCACCACAGUCAGGCCCUACAGUAAUGAAAUUCAUGCUCAGGCUCAGCUCUGGCUCAAGAAAGACCCCAAAGCAUCUUACGAAGCCUGGAAAAAGUGCCUUCUAGCACGAUGCCAGGAAACGGCAACAAAGCCUCAGGGAAAAGCUGAGUUGCGGAAGCAGUAUCUGCUCGAAAAGUAUGUAUGGAAGUGGAAACUAUUCACAAGGUCAAGGAAAGGGGAAGGCCUUUUCCCUCGUCUUCUGAAACUGAGCCAUAACAACUGGCUGCGGCAGGUUCUGUUCACACCUGCCACCCAAGCUGCAAGACAGGCAGCUUGUACUAUUAUAGAGGCCCUUACAACAAUCCCCAGCCGCAAACAACAAGUUCUUGACCUACUUACCAGUUACCUUGAUGAACUGAGUGUGGCUGGAGAGUGUGCAGCGGAGUAUCUGGGCCUGUAUCAGAAGCUGAUUAAGCCAACGCACUGGAAGGUCUACCUGGCUGCGCGGGGAGUUCUGCCUUACAUUGGGAACCUGAUUACCAAGGAAAUAGCCAAUCUUCUGGCUCUGGAGGAGGCUACACUGAGCACAGACUUGCAGCAAGGCUACGCCCUCAAGAGCUUGACUGGAUUGCUAUCUUCUUUUGUGGAGGUGGAGUCCAUUAAGCGGCAUUUCAAAAGUAGGUUGGUUGGCACGGUGCUUAAUGGUUACCUGUGUCUGAGGAAGUUGGUGGUCCAGCGCACCAAGCUCAUCGACGAGACUCAGGACAUGCUUCUAGAGAUGCUGGAGGACAUGACAACAGGUACUGAGUCUGAAACCAAAGCCUUCAUGGCCGUCUGCAUAGAGACUGCAAAACGGUACAACCUGGAUGACUACAGAACACCGGUGUUCAUUUUUGAGAGACUUUGCAGCAUAAUCUACCCGGAGGAGAAUGAGGUUACAGAAUUCUUUGUAACUCUGGAAAAGGAUCCUCAGCAGGAGGACUUCCUGCAGGGCCGCAUGCCAGGAAAUCCUUACAGCAGUAAUGAGCCUGGCAUCGGACCUUUAAUGAGGGACAUCAAGAACAAGAUCUGUCAAGAUUGCGACCUGGUGGCGCUCCUUGAAGACGACAGUGGCAUGGAGCUCUUGGUAAACAACAAAAUCAUCAGUUUGGAUCUGUCGGUAGCAGAGGUCUACAAGAAGGUGUGGUGCCCGACAAACGAGGGUGAGCCAAUGAGAAUCAUCUAUCGCAUGAGAGGUCUCCUUGGAGAUGCUACUGAGGAGUUCAUAGAGUCACUGGACUCAACCACAGAUGAGGAGGAAGACGAUGAGGAAGUCUACAAGAUGGCAGGAGUCAUGGCUCAGUGUGGAGGACUGGAGUGUAUGCUCAACCGGCUGUCUGGAAUCAAUGAUUUCAAACAAGGAAGACAUUUGCUCACUGUUUUGCUGAAGUUGUUCAGUUACUGUGUGAAGGUGAAGAUCAACAGACAGCAGCUCGUCAAACCAGAGAUGAACACACUCAAUGUCAUGCUGGGAACUCUCAACCUGGCUUUGGUGGCUGAACAGGAGAGCAAGGACAGUGGUGGAGCCUCUAUAGCAGAACAAGUUUUGAGCAUAAUGGAAAUCAUACUGGAUGAAGCCAAUGCAGAGAUUUCGGAGGACAAGAGCAACCUUCUGCUCACGGGGGACAAAGAUCAGCUCGUCAUGUUGUUGGAUCAGAUCAACACCCCUUUUGUGCGCUCCAAUCCCAGCGUGCUGCAGGGCUUGCUGCGUAUCAUCCCAUACUUAUCCUUUGGUGAACUGGAGAAGAUGAAGAUUUUAGUAGAGCGCUUCAAACCAUACUGCAGCUUUGACAACUACGACGAGGAACACAGUGCAGAUGACAAAGUCUUUUUGGAUUGCUUCUGUAAAAUCGCUGCUGGAAUCAAAAACAACAGCAACGGCCAUCAGCUGAAAGAUCUCAUCCUCCAGAAGGGAAUCACACAGAGUGCAUUAGACUACAUGAAGAAACAUAUCCCAAAUGCAAAAAACCUGGACGCAGACGUGUGGAAAAAGUUCCUCUCUCGACCAGCUCUACCCUUCAUUCUGAGACUUCUCCGUGGUCUGGCAACCCAGCAUCCACCCACACAGAUGUUGAUAGGCACAGAUUCAAUAACGAACUUGCACAAGCUGGAGCAGGUAUCCAGCGAUGAAGGCAUCGGAACACUAGCGGAGAAUCUUCUUGAGGCGUUGAGGGAGAAUAGUGAUGUCAAUCUGAAGAUUGAAGCAGCUCGUAGGGAAACCAGAGCUGAGAAGAAGCGCAUGGCAAUGGCCAUGAGACAGAAGGCCCUGGGAACUCUGGGAAUGACGACCAAUGAGAAGGGGCAGGUGGUUACGAAGACUUCACUUUUGAAGCAAAUGGAGGAGCUGAUAGAAGAGCCGGGUUUGACCUGCUGCAUCUGCAGAGAGGGUUACAAGUUUCAGCCAACCAAAGUCCUGGGUAUUUACACAUUCACAAAGCGUGUGGCCUUGGAAGACUUUGAAAACAAGCCUCGCAAGCAGCAGGGCUACAGCACUGUAUCGCACUUUAACAUAGUCCACUACGACUGUCAUCUGGCAGCUGUCAGGUUGGCUCGUGGGAGAGAGGAGUGGGACAGUGCUGCUCUCCAGAAUGCUAACACCAAGUGCAAUGGACUGCUUCCUGUCUGGGGGCCACAUGUGCCAGAAUCAGCAUUUGCUACGUGCUUAGCAAGACACAACACAUAUCUCCAGGAAUGCACGGGCCAGAGGGAGCCCACGUACCAACUCAACAUCCACGACACCAAACUGCUCUUCCUCCGCUUUGCUACCGAGCAGUCUUUCAGCGUGGACACGGGAGGCGGUGGUCGAGAGAGCAACAUCCACCUCAUUCCCUAUGUCAUCCACACUGUGCUCUAUGUCCUCAACACUACAAGGGCUACGUCCCGAGAGGAGAAGAAUCUGCAGAGUUUCCAGGAGCAGCCGUGUGAGAAGUGGGUGGAAAGCUCAUAUGAUGUGGAAGGACCACACUACUUCACCAUCCUGGGGAUGCACGUCAUGGCACCUGAACAGUGGAGGAGUUCACGGUUGUACUUCCUCAGAAGGCUCCUGGUUGCCGCACAUGCCCGCAAGGUUUCUGCUGUCUUCACAAACAAAGUAACAGAUAAAACACCAAAGGAAUAUGCAGUCUACCGCUCACCUCUUCUCUUCUGGGGCCUGGUGGACCUUGUUUAUGACAUGUUCAGGAAGGUUCCCACCAGCAACACCGAGGGGGGCUGGUCCUUCUCACUGGCAGAAUAUAUCCGUCACAACGACAUGCCCAUCUACGAGGCCUCGGAGCGCGUGCUCAGGACCUUCCAGGAUGAGCUCAUGCCUGCUGAGUCCGUGUCAGAGUUCUUUGACGUUGUAGGUCUCCUCUCUGAGAUUCCAGAUCCAGACCUCUUCCUACAGGAUUUGUUGAACUCUUUGCCCUGAUCCAUCUGCACCUCUCUGACACACGAUAGCCCUGCAAUUAAAGUUGACACGUACCAGCUGAAAAACAACAAAAUAAUAUCACUCUGUUUACACACUGGCACAGAGUGCACACAAAUAGUAUACACCAUGCUUCCAAUCCAACUCCCACCCCCAUGUGACAUCUCAAGAAUUAGCUCUUAACAGAAAUCUAUAUGUAGGCUGAAUAUUAAAAAAAAAAGAAGAAGAAGAGAAAAAUCAUCCAUUUUUCUACUCAAGGUUGACGGACACCACACUGAAACUGAAACAGAAGUCACACUUUCCCCUACUGAUUUAAAAUGCUUCACUCUACACUUAAAGGCGACAUCCAUGUUUUCAGCAAGCUUGAAAGGAAAGUCAGCUGACCAUUUAGAGACAUUUUGUGUGUUUUCCAGUUUACAACCGUCACCAUCAAGGCUGAAACUUCAUUGUUCUGUUUUUCUUGGAGGGCUGAGAAAAUUAAGUUAUUCAUGUCAAAAUGACAAUAAUGUGGUUAAUGAGUUAACUUGUAAAUUAUAUUUUGGGGUGAUCAUAGUAUUGGCUUUAACCCCUCAUCCAUGAUAUUGGGGUACAAAGUUAAGGUAAAUUAAAUAUUUUGGUAUGUGACCCACCACAUUUAAGAGUGGCAUUAGAUUUUACCCAUUUUUCCUUUUUUUGUUUGCUUUAAGUUUGUUUUUGGUCUUUUUUUUCCCCCCCUAAAUGGCAGAAGGUCUCAUGGUUGCAAGAUCCUGCUCUUUCUCCGGGCUCGUGCUGUUUUGUCUACAUUUGGGUUCUAACUGGAUUUUGAGAGAUGGACUGGGAAAAAAAUGUAGUGUGAGAGUGUGUAAUGUUUUGUUUUUAUCUUCACAAGCAGAAUGGGGAGAAGAACUGAACAAAUUUUUGCUUUAUUUACCAUAAAGCUAUGCCUUUUGAAGUAAAUUUUGAACUAGUAAAAGAUUCCAUCUGUUGCUAUGAAGUAUUGUUUAAAUUAAUAAUAAAACAAACUUGCAUUGUAUCCUACAACACUUUUCUUUGACUAAUGGUUUUGUUGCAGUUUGGUUUCUGCCCAGCAGUGUGUUCAUUUCUCCUGCCUCUCUGCACUUCUUAAUUUACACUCCCUUUUCCCCCAGACUUGCUGAUAAAACACACAUCCGUUACCAGAGCAGAUUUAUGGGAAACAGGAUAGAUUUGACUUUCUCUCUUAACAGCUGAUCGACUCUUUGACUUGCACAUGACCAAAACGGUGUCAUUGUACUUCAGAGUUGAAUGCAUGGUGUGAAGCUUCCCCAGGUUAUUGUUGAUUCGUCCGUUCCCGCUGCUACAAUGUUGAACUGUUGCUGAAUGUCUGCUUUUUGAAUUUAGCCGAUCAUUAAUAAAGUGUAAUAAUUUCAAAUCUGAUAAAGGGCAGCCUCUUCU